AUGCAGCAAUCACGCCAGAUUGCCCGGACCGAGUCAAGCGCCGUGCUGCGGAUCGUGCGCAAAGUUGGGCCAUUCAUGACCCUUGUACCUGUUGCACUGGGCACGUCGUGGCUCAUCAUGACCCAACCGGAAAGGGAGGGCCUGCUGGACGCCCUCGAAACGUCCACGCAUGGCCGCGAGUACGUUUGGGAGGGGCUCUUGCGCGCCUUCAAUCUGACCAGCAACCUCGGGGAAGGCCAUGUUGUGGCACUCAGCCACGUCAUGUCGGGUCUGCUCGCCAGAGAUAGCCCGCUGAUUUACCCCAACGAUUUCCGGGUGUUUGUGGACAUUCUCGUGCGUGAAACGACAGAUUUAGACAUCCGCGACCCGAGGCGAGGCCCGUUGGCGACGAUGCUUCGUGUUGGCAUCCAGAGUCCAUUGUACGCACGCAGCGGAAAGUAUCGCGUCACGGAAGUGUCGGCAGUGUUGGCGCAAUGGAAGCAUGCGUUGGAGCGGGAGGGGUGUGCUCGUGUCAUGGACGCUUCGACGUGGAAGGCUCUCUGUGACGCGGAAUUCGCGCUUCAACAGGCCUAGUGCAACGAAGACAGGGCGAUUUGUGGAUCUCAAAUAGAUGUAUUCAUGAAAUGAAGGAGGGAGGGUGUUAGGAGCUGGUGCUGGUCGUUUGGAGAUGCGACAGGAUCAGCUGAAGUUGGGUCUCGACUUCCUGUUGCACGGUAAGCGCGUGCUGUUGAAAUUCAUCUGCAUGUUCUCGGUGGUGCGAGCUCAGGAACUUCUUUAGGAGUCGAGCAGCCUCCUUGUCAGUCACUUGCUCGCACUGCUUGACCUUGAUGCCGCCCACGCUGUCCAUCGUGCUGUUGGUUGGAUGGUGUCCCGCCACUCGACCAAAA